CUCCAACAUUCUGAAGACAUUUGGCGCUUCACUGAAAUCAACGGUGCACACAGAGCAGGACCAGGGCUCGGAUGUUCGUGGCGGAAUGUGUCUCGGAGUUUGACAGCAUCUCAUGCGGACUGGACAGGAUGGAGGCACCCUCACAUGUUAGCCACACCCAUCAAGACCACGCCCCCUGAUGACCGAAGACUCGAUGGACCGAAGACUGAACAGGUUUGAGCUGUUUGCUGUGUCAUGAGUUGGAGUUUCCUCACCCGUCUCCUUGAGGAGAUCCAUAAACACUCCACCUUCGUAGGUAAGGUGUGGUUGACGGUGUUGGUGGUGUUCCGCAUCGUCUUGACUGCGGUGGGCGGGGAGUCAAUUUACUACGAUGAGCAGAGCAAGUUUAUUUGUAAUACGCUCCAGCCCGGAUGUGAAAACGUCUGUUACGACACAUUCGCACCGCUCUCACACAUCAUCCUGGUGGCCACGCCCUCUCUGCUCUAUUUGGGCUUCGCAGCCAAUCGUAUCGCUCGGUUGGAGGAGGGUCGCCGUGGAGACCACCAUCGGCGGCGUGGAUUGGCUAAGAGAGGAGGAGGAGAGGAUGAGGAGGUGGAGUCAGAGGAGCAGCCAAUGCUGUGUGAGACGCCGGUUGGUGAGCAGGAAGAGGACGAGGCAACCGCGGGGCCUAGUGUCACGGCAACGGCAGCCUCAGGUCGCCAUGAUGGGCGCGUGCGUAUCCGUAGAGACGGGCUGAUGAGGAUCUACGUGCUGCAGCUGUUGGUGCGAGGCCUGCUGGAACUCUCCUUCCUGAUUGGACAAUUCUUGCUGUACGGACUGAGCGUGCCCAGUAGCUACGAGUGUGACUCCAAGCCCUGUCCUCACCGCGUCAGCUGUUACGUAUCCAGGCCUACUGAGAAGACUGUAUUCCUGCGCGUCAUGUACGGCGUGUCUCUCCUCUGUCUCUUCCUGAACAUGGUGGAAUUAUUCCAGCUGGGACUCGGAGCUGCUAUGGACACUCUGAAGAGAUCGCGCUCACACACACUCUCCACCACACACACACUCACAAACAUUCACGCACACACACAUGCCAGGACGCCGGUGAGGGAGGCUGGGUCAGCCGGCGGAGGGGGAGGGGCUUAUGGCAGCUACCCGUUUUACUGCCCGCCCCCCGGGUACAGUCUGCGAGCCCAGGAACCCAUCAAAGCAGAGCACGGAUACAACCAGCCAACCAGAGGAGAGCACGGCUACCACCAGCCAAUCAAGGAGCCUGCAGCGUUCAGCCUGCAUCCAAUCAGAGAGCAGCUCUUACCCAUCAGCCACCUGGGCAGCAACCACAAAAUGCACACCACGCCGGGGGACAAGAUGGCUUCCAAGCUGGCCUCCAAUCAGAACGCUGCAAACUUGGCGCAGGAGGAGCAGGGGAGCGGGACUAAUAGAGGAGACAGGAAGAAGGGUCGUGGCCACCACCGGGGCAGCUGUAGUAGUAGCCAAUCAGAUGAGCCAGUCAAGCCCUCAGUCUGGAUCUGAUUGGCUGAUGUGCUGACACUCUCCACACACACACACACACACACACACACACACACACACACACACACACACACACACACACACACACACACACACAAACACACACACACACACUGGGUUCUUCUUGAAGACGUUUGCCUGAUUCUAGUUGUCAUCAGCAGAGCUACACAUUUCACUCGUUCUAAAAGGGUUAAACGUAUGUGUGUGUGUGUGUGUGUGUGUGUGUGGUUGUAAAAUGUUAAAGAGAGUUUGUGUUUGUGUGUGUGUGUGUGUGUGUGUGUGGUUCUAAAAUGUUAGAGAGAGAGAGCGUGCGUGUGUGUGUGUGUGUGUGUGUGUGUGUGUGUGUGUGUGUGUGUGUGUGUGUGUGUGUGUGUGUGGUUAUAAUAAAAGGGUUUAAGCAGUGCUACAUGUUUCACUGGUUCUAAUCUUGUUUUUCUAUUUUAAUUGUUAUAUUUUAAAAGUGGGACAUGACAGUGAGGCGGAGCCUGAGCCUGUUUCUGUGUGCGUCCAUGUUCUGUCCAUGUGGUGUUCUUGAAGGGUGGUGAUGUUCUAGAAGGUGGUUGGUGUUCUAGAAGGUGUGUUAUGUUCUACUGGGUUCUUCUGGAUUAACCAAUGGUGUUCUACUGGGUUCUAGAAGGUUCUACCUGGUGGGUGGUGUUCUAGAAGGUUCUACCAGGUGGAUGGUGUUCUAUCGGUCUCUUCUAGAAGAAGGUCAUUGGGUUCUCUCAACAGCAGGGAGAUGCUUCUUUCAGUUGUUAUUGUAUUUUAAAUGUCUACAGUCAAGUUAUUUUAUAUUUUAAAUGUCUCGUGUUAAACGACACAUGUUGUAAGUGUUAAAAUGACACCUGUUUCCAUAACGAUACCUUGCGUUGUUAUAAAUGUCUAAGUGUUUUGGAUGCUCAACAUGUUACUUCCUGUGUGUGUUCUGUUUCCAUGACGU